UUCUUCUCAUCGUAGUUUUGAUCUAUUUACUUUCUUCUUCUCAGAUAGUCAACGGACCAGUUGCAGGAUGAAAAACGACGCAACCUCCAAUCUUCCCAAGCCAAAAAGGCCUCCAGGCUCAUUUCUCGUUUUCAUGGAGGAUCAUUUCAGGAAUGAAUUUAAUUUGAAGAAUCCUAACCAGCCUGCCGGAUUUGCAAGUCAAGCAGGAGCCAAGCAGUGGAAGCAGAUGAAAGACGAUGAGAAGGCUCCUUUUCAGAGAAAGGUUAAAGAACUCGCUCUUGAGUAUUUUGAGAAGAAGCGUUGCUAUAAUAAUAUGGAGUCACAGGAAGUUAAUCCACUCCCAGAGGACGUGCAUAUGCACUCACACGAGGACCCACAGGCCGCCCCUAUCGCCGGUGCUCCCCCACGCCGUCUCCGUAGCCGCCACAUCCCUGUCGUGCCAUCCUCAUCACCACCGCCUCCCCUGAUUGUCCCCGUCGCCUCCACGACUUCGGCGUCCUCUUCUCCCCAGAGUUGCAGGAUGAAAACGGACGCAGCAAAGCCGAAUGACCCCAAUCCACAAAUGCCAAAAAGGCGUCCGGGCUCAUUUCUUAUUUUCAUGUGAGACUAACCUAUUAUUCUCAAGCUGAUUUUGUUUUUAUGCACUUCAGGAAGCAGUAAUCCCAUUUUUUUUGUAGGGAACAUUUCAGAAAGGAAUUCAAUUUGAAGAAUCCUAGGCAGCCUGCCUGGGUUUCAAGUCAAGCAGGAGCCGAAAAGUGGAAGCAAAUGAAACAAGAUGAGAAGACUCCUUUUCAGAGAAAGGCUCGAGAGCUCGCUGUCGAGUAUUUUGAGAAGAAAGGUUGCUAUAACAAUCCAGAAUCACAGGGAGUUGAUCCACUGACGCCAGCCUCAGAGAGCGUGCAGAUGCACUCAGAUAAGGAGGGUGCACUGCCACAGGUAAUAGCACUCUGAUGUUUGUGUUUUGUUGACGAGCAUUUUGUAUUAUGUAUACUAACUAGUAUUCAAUUUCUCUACACCAAAAACAAAAAGUAGUUAGAUAUUAUUUAUGGUUCCUCUUGCGGAGUUAAAGUAAGAUGGCACCGUUGCUCCUCUCCGAACCGAUCAAACCCCACCGGGGAUCUUGGGCGACUCACCAGAUCCACUCGCACCCACGGUGGUGGAUGUUACAGAUCGAGGUCUAAGAGGAUUGCGGAGCAGCGGAGAAAAAAAUUGGGGCAGGAAUCGAAGGCUCUGAUUACCAAUUGUCACGUCCCGAUCUAGAUCGGAGGCCGAUCAGAGUAGGCAGAGGAUUUGGGAGAGGGAGAUGAGAUACUUGGGGAAGGGGAUGAGCAGGGAGAAGGUUAGGUGAGGGAUACAAAAUUCAGUUCAUACUGUCCAACCCACGCGCCCUCAAGGGCUUAAGUACACAGCUCACCACACACGGCCCUUGGUCACUUACAAGCUUACAAGUGGACCCAACACAGGCCUACCUUUGGAGUUUGGACCUGGGUCCCAACUGGCAGUCACACGGCGGUGUCGCACACUGCCGCUAUGACACUUUUUUCAUGUUAACAACAGGAGUGGGAGACACACCUACAGAAUCAACACCCACAUCUCCAGAACUGUUUUCAAAACAAACAUUAAUCGCACGAGAUUCAUAAUGGGAUGAAUCCCCAGCUGCAUGUUCUCUGGCCAUAGACUCAAUCAACAAUUCAGUGUGAUUCCCCUCAUCACUAUCCUCUUAUUCAUUGGUAGGAACUUGUA